AUGUCCGGUAAAUUAGUGCCUUUGAGGCUGGUGAAUGGCGGCAGCCCGUGUGCCGGGAGAGUGGAGGUUUACCACGAUGGAAAAUGGGGCACAGUGCGUGACUAUGGCUGGGAUACGCUGGACGAGGCUGUGGUGUGUAAGGAGUUGUCCUGUGGAGCAGCGCUGUCAGCACCGGGAGGCGCUCACUUUGGCGAAGGCUCUGAUCCGAUUGUGACAUGGAAUGUUCGGUGCAGAGGGAACGAGUCUGCGCUGAGGGACUGUCCCUCACAGACCUGGAGUCAUUAUUCCUGGAGUGAUUAUGCCUGGUUAUCUCAAGCCCACGAUGUCGGUGUCAUCUGUUCAGGGAAUGUAAGUGUGAGGCUGGUCAAUGGCGGCAGCCCGUGUGCCGGGAGAGUGGAGAUUUACCAGGGAGGGCAAUGGGGCACAAUCGAUGGUUAUAGCUAUGACUAUGGCUAUGUUCUAACGUGGGAUAUGAAGGCCGCGGCUGUGGUGUGUAAGGAGUUGGGCUGCGGAGACGCGCUGUCAGCAUCACGAGCUCAAUUUGGCAAAGGAUCAGGCUACGUUGUGACAUACAAUGUGCGGUGCAGAGGGAGCGAGUCUGCUCUGAGGGAUUGUCACACAUGGCCCUGGGGUCACUAUUACAGGACACACGCCAAUGAUGCAGGAGUCAUCUGCUCAGCUCCGGUCCAGAAAACCACAAUUUCCCUGAAGCCGGAUUCCCGGGUGUUCAUGAGAGGGGAAACCGCUGAGAUCUCGUGUUCUGGGAAGUAUCCUGGCAGCAAAUUCUCUUUUUUCAGAGACGGCGAGUUGAUUAAAUCACGAGCAGCUAAAGAAAAUAGCAACACGGCAACUUUCACUCCAUCGGAGAUCAGUGCAGGAAAUUACUGGUGUAUAUCUACUAAACACAUGGACGGACGAGAGCUCACAUUACCUGAGAGCGAGCGAGUGGGAAUCUCUGUGUGGGAUCCGCUUCAGAAACCCACCAUUUCCCUGGAGCCAGGUUUCCGGAUCCGCUACAGAAACCCACCAUUUCCCUGA